UGACUAUACAGAAGUAUUAAUCUUCCGCGUACUUUGAUUGUUCUGUCAAUAAACAUCAAUUAUCUCACUGUGUCGCAUUCAUGCUUUCUUUCUAACACUUCAUUACCUCAUCAAUUCCUUCCAUGGAGUUCGCGUCUUCAUCAUCCAAACACCCAUGGAUGUACGAUGUGCUCAUCAACUUUACCGGUGACGACAUCCGUAAGAAAUUUGUUUCCCAUCUAGAUUCUGCACUCUCUGCUGUUGGAUUCACCACUUUCCUUCACCACCAGAAUGCAUUCAAGCCAAUGCACAUCGAAGGACCUAUUGUCAAUCUCUGUCGGGUAGCAAUUGUUGUUUUCACCAAAACAUAUUCUCAAUCUGCUUGGUGUCUUCAUCAGCUUCAACAAAUCAUUCAAUGGCACGAAACUUAUUGUCGACAUGUUUUGCCCGUAUAUUACGAAAUUCAGCCAUCUGAUGUACGUCUUCAAAAAGGAGAUUUUGGAAAAGCCUUAAAAGCAACGGCACAACAAACAUUUUCAGGUCAACAACUGGAACAUGGCAUGUCCAAGUGGAGCCACGCACUCACCAAAAUAGCAAAUUUAUUUGGAUGGGAUGAGAGCAAUUACAGGAGUGAUGCUGAACUAGUGAACAAAAUUGUUAAGUGUGUUCUUAAUUAAUCAGUCUUAUCUGCUACUAAGUUUCCCGUUGGAUUACAAUCCCAUGUGGAAGAUGUGAUUCGAGCUAUCAAAAACAAAUCCAUGGAUGUUUGUACGAUAGGGAUAUGUGGAAUUGAAGGAUCAGGUAAAACCACCCUUGCCAAAGCCAUCUACCAUCAAAUUCAUGGUACAUUCACGAAGAAAAUUUUCAUUGAAGAUGUUUCAGAAGUUAGUCGAACAAGAAGUCAUGUUAGUUUACAAGAACAACUUCUUUUAGAUAUCUUAAAAAUAAAGGUGGAGAUACGUAGCGUUGAGAUGGGAAGAAGAAUGAUUCGGGAAAGACUUUCUGGCAAAAGGCUACUCAUUGUACUCGACGAUAUGAAUGCGUAUGGUCCAUUUUUAGACCUAUACAGAUGUCGUUCUAGAUUCAGUAGAGGAACUGUAAUAAUCAUUACAACGAGAGAUGAAGACCUACUUAGGAUUCAUCAAGUUGAUUCUGUUCUUCAGCUAAAGCUAAUGAGCGCAAAGGAGUCGCUUGAGCUUCUUAGUUGGCACGCAUUUAGAGAAGCUAUUAAAGUAUAAUGCAAA